AUGUUGGGAAGAUUGGCUUGCUGUGUCGCGCUGGCGACACCGGCGCUCUCUAUUGUCAUGAGCCGAGUGAACCCGGGAAGCAGAGUCAGGCUAUUGGCAGCGCCUGCUGCCGACCAGAUGAUCACGCUCUCUAUCGGGUUGACAUUGAGCAAUGUGGACCAAUUGGAGGAAAAGUUGAAGGCAGUUUCCACUCCGGGGAGCCCGGACUAUGGCAAAUAUCUCAACAAGGACGAAGUCGCCGCUCUCUUCUCCCCAUCCGCUGAUGCUUUUAGCACUGUUGUAAGCUGGUUGCAAAGCAACGGGGUCGAACACAUAUCUGAACAGGGAUCGAAUGUUAACUUUGCGACGACAGUUGCCAACGCAAACAAGCUGCUCGACACCAAGUUCGCUUACUACGAUGUCGAAGGUGUCCAGAAGCUGCGGACGAGGCAAUACUCUGUGCCUGAUGAGGUGGCAAGCCAUGUGCACCUGAUCCAUCCGACGACGUACUUUGGCAGCACGAAGUCGUUCAGAAUGCCGGAGGACCUAAUCGAAGUAUCGAAGAUUGCCAUGGCUCCAUUUGCCGUCAAUACUACAAGCAAUUGUUCCGUGCUGAUCACACCUGACUGCUUCCGUACAGCUUAUGGCGUAGACGACUAUACGCCAGACGCAAGCAGCGGCAGUCGGGUCGCUUUCGGCAGUUUCUUAAACGAGUCGGCACGCCUGGAGGACCUCCAUUUGUACCAACAGGCCUAUGGGAUCCCGUUGUCAAACUUCUCCGUGGAAGUGAUCAACGGCGGAGAAGAUCACCAGGACAUCAAUGGCUCAGUUGGUGAAGCCAACCUCGACGCACAGUUCCUGAAUGCGGUCACUUACCCUCUCCCGGAAAUCCAGUACAUCACUGGAGGAAGCCCCCCAUUUGUCCCGAAUCUGGACAUUCCUGACGCAGAGAGUAACUCGAACGAGCCUUACCUGGAGUAUUACGAGUACCUCCUCAACAAGACCAAUGAAGAACUUCCACAGGUUAUCUCUAACUCAUACGGUGACGAUGAGCAGACCGUGCCACCAGACUAUGCGAAGCGUGUCUGCGAUCUGAUCGGCAUGAUGGGCUUGCGGGGCAUCUCAGUGCUCGAGUCAUCUGGUGACACUGGUGUCGGAGCUCCGUGCAUGUCCAACGACGGGAAGAACCACACCGAGUUCACACCAAGUUUUCCCUCCAGUUGCCCCUACAUCACCUCUGUUGGUGGAACUCAGUCAUGGGCUCCAGAGGUCGGCUGGGAUGGAAGCAGUGGCGGCUUCAGCAACUAUUUCGCUCAGGCCUGGUACCAGGCCAAGGCUGUCAACACCUAUCUUGAGGAGGGCAUCAAUGCGGAGGCGAAGAAGUACUAUGAGGCUGGCGCAUACGCCAACUUCUCGGGGAGAGCAUUCCCUGACAUCACGGCACACAGUCUCCAUCCCAACUAUGCCGUCUACAGCCGCAAUAGGCAAGGGCAGACUGGAGGGACGUCGGCCGCAACCCCGGUUGUGGCAGGAGUCAUCGGUCUGCUGAACGAUGCGCGCCUCCGCGCUGGCAAGCCAACCAUGGGUUUCCUCAACCCGUUCAUCUACAGCUUGAAAUACGGUCCCCUUAUCGAUGUGACCCUCGGUACCGCGACAGGCUGCACAGGGGUAAACUCGCAGACGGGCCAGGAGCUUCCAGGUGCUGGUAUUAUCCCAUUCGCGACUUGGAACAACACCCUCGGCUGGGAUCCAGUGACCGGGAUGGGCAUGCCUUACUUCAAGGAGAUGGUAAAGGUGGCGUUGGAUAUUGUCUAA